AUGGCGGCGCCUGCCCCCGAGGCCGCCCCUGCGCCGACGCCUGCUCCUAGCCCUCACGAGGUUGAACGGGCCAUCGAGGACCGGGCCAUUGAAGCCCGUGCGGCUACCUGCAAGUUCACCGGCAGCCUUGGCUACUCCUCGGCCUCCGUGUCCAAGUCGUCUUGCUCCACCAUUAUCCUGGACACCCUCACCGUCCCUGGUGGAGUCACUCUUGAUCUGACGGAUCUGCCUGACAACACGGUUGUUAUCUUCGAGGGCGAGACCUCUUUCGAAUACGAGGAGUGGGAGGGUCCGCUGUUUGCUGUCUCUGGCACUGGUAUCACCGUGGCUGGUGAGGCGUCUGGUGGCUCGAUCCUGAACGGCAAUGGUGCAAGCUACUGGGAUGGCGAAGGUUCCGACGGCGGAGUGACCAAGCCCAAGUUCUUCCAGGCCCACGACCUGACAGACUCGCUCAUCGAGACUCUCACCAUCCUGAACCCGCCUGUCCAGGUCUUCAGUGUCAAUGGUGUCUCCAACCUCGAGCUCGCAUACAUCACCAUCGACGCCUCUGCCGGAGACAGUCUUGGUGCCAACACCGACGGCUUCGAUAUUGGUUCUUCUGAUACGGUCACCAUUGAGUACGCGACGGUCUACAACCAGGAUGAUUGCGUCGCCAUCAACUCUGGCACGAACAUCAUCUUUAGGAAUGGCUACUGCUCCGGUGGUCAUGGUCUGUCUGUCGGUUCCGUCGGUGGGCGAACCGAAAACACCGUGGACGGAGUUCAAUUCCUGACCUCCACUGUUACCAACUCUGUGAAUGGAAUCCGUAUCAAGGCCACUGAGGGAGACACCGGUACCAUUACUGAUGUCGAGUACGACGACAUCACUCUUUCGGACAUCUCCAAAUAUGGUAUUCUCAUUGAGCAGAACUACGACGGCGGAGACCUCAAGGGUUCUCCCACGAGCGGCAUUCCCAUCACUGACCUCACGGUCAAGAACAUCGUCGGCUCUGGCGCCGUCUCGAGCUCUGGAUACGAUGUUGUGGUUGUCUGCGGCUCGGGAGCUUGCUCCGGCUGGACCUGGUCCGAUGUUGUUGUGACUGGUGGUAAGACGUACAGCUCUUGCGAGAACGUUCCCAGCGGCAUCGCGUGCUCUUGA